AUGAUCAAUAACGAUAUAGAGAAUCGUUACGAAAACACAUCUUUAUGGUCGUGUACUCCGCAAACUGACUUGGAAAAUGAUUCUAGAGACACCAAUAUAUCAACAUCUCAGAAAUUGACAAAAACAACUGGACCAUUCAGUGUACAAGACCUGCUCCAGCUGCUGAAAACGUCAUCUUCAUUACGAGCUGAAAUAUUUUCUUCAUCAAACAUGACUGACUUACAUAGUAAUGAAGAUGAAUUUAUUAUUAAAUCGAUAUCAAGUGGCUAUGUCAAUCAUGCCUUUAGUUUCACAGUGAAUGAAAAGUUGAUCGAUAAAAACUCUCGUCGUGAAUAUUUUAUAAAAGUCAAUAGAAAUAAACAUGCGAAACAGAUGUUUAGUGCCGAAGUCAUUGGAAUGCAUACAUUUCAAGAAAUCUACAGAGAUCUCGUUCGUGUUCCUCUAUCAUUCUCAACUGGAUAUCUUUGUGAAUUGGAUCGUGAUCAAGGUGGAUGGUUUCUUUCCGAAUUUAUCGAUAUGAGUAAUGCAUCAAGAAAGAGAUCCGAUAAACAAUACAGAGAAUUUGCUCAAGUCUUGGCAAAGGCACAUCAGAUUUCAGCCGAAAUUCAUGCGCGAUCUUCACAUGGUGGUCACUAUGGAUUUCAUACAAAUAAUUUUUCCAUACAUACAGAACAAGAUAAUACUUGGCAAAAUGAUUGGUGUCAUUUUUUUCUUGAACAACGCUUUAAACCUAUCGUACAAAGAAUGAAAAGUGAUCCUUAUUUGAUUCAUGAUUAUCGAAAGAACAUGGAAUUGAUUCUUCUCUGUGAACGCCUUAUUCCACAUAUACCUUCGAUUCUUGCAUUAUCAAAUCAUGUUCAACUUCGUCCGUGUCUUCUUCACGGUGAUUUCUCUGAUCAAAACUGGUCAGUGGAUAAACAAGGUCGUUUUGUUACUUUUGAUGGUAGUCCGUUCUAUGGUCCAUACGAAAUGGAUAUUUAUACAAUGUCAAAUGUAUUUAUUUCAGCAUAUUUUGAUACUAUUGGAGGUCCUGUUGAAGCAUAUGAAAUGCGUUUUGAACUUUACAAUCUCCUCCGAUUGCUUAGAACUAUUAUUGACUCGGGUAUUAAUACAUGGCGACCAUCGGCUUUUCAAUCUUUGACUAAAUUGUUAAUACAUUGUGGAGUAUGGAAAUCACCUUUUUUUCGUUUUCCUUGUGGAAUUAAGAUACCAACUAAUAAGAUCAAAUUACCAUCAUCGAUGGGUGGUACAAUACGAAAAAAGAAUGUUAUUCUGGUUUAUGGUGGUAGUUUUUGUCCAAUUCAUUUCAAUCAUCUUGCAGUGAUGGAUCUCGUUGCAGAAACACUUGAAAAAUCACCAUAUGAAUUUGAAAUUCUAGGUGGUUAUUUUUGUCCAUCAAGUGAAAGUUGGAUACAAAAGAAAUUACCAGAAAAUUAUUUACCUAAUGCACAUAGAGAAGCUUUACUUCUGUUAGCUACUGAAGGUACACGAUGGAUGAUUGAUCGUAGUUAUUCGUCAUCGAAGACGCGUGAAAAAAAUCUUAUUCAAGAAAUUCAAAAUAAAUAUGGUACAGAUUUUGAAAUGACAUUCGUUCAUAUUUGUGGAAUAGAUGCGAUUGAAUAUAAUGCAAAACAUGUUUCGACACAAUAUCCAUUGGUCAUUGUUGAUCGGCCGGGAUUUAAUGGAGAAUCUUUAUGGAAAGAGUAUUUUGAAAGAACAACAAUUAAAAAUCAACAAAGAUUAAUCUGGAUUUCACCAUGGACAGGUGAAAUGAGAAGUUCAACGAUGAUUCGAAAUCUUUUGAUGAAAUUAAAUAAUCAUAAUCAUAAAGAUACAUAUGAAAAUCUUCAACAUCUGAUUCCAUCUUCUUGUAUCGAUUAUCUUUUUCAGCAUAAAUUACAACAAUGGUUUAAAACUCAUUAA